UGGAGCGAAGGGCAAACAGUCUUGAGGCCAACGCAGCGGACGCCAAGAAGCAGAAGCUGGAAGCUGAACUUCUUUUGGGGAAGAAGUUGAAGGAAGCAGAAGAGGCGGUAGCCUAAGCCAAGAAGCAGUUGGAGGAGAUGGCAGAGAGGGCAGCAGAGGCAGCGCUUGAAGCCACUAGGCAGCGUAUUCGAGAUCGGGAGAUCACCGAACGCAAGCUUGUGAGGGUGGCUGAGGUAGAUACUGCGAAGUACCUGGAUCUGGCAUUGCGUAAUAAGAAGCAGACCCCAGAGGAGAAAUGGGCAAAACUGGAGAUGUAUUAUAAGAGCGUUGAUGUAAAAAUAGGAGAGUAUGACGUCGACAAGUAUUUGAAUGAACUUGGGGAUUUGCAGAUUUCCUAUCCACCGUGCCAUCUAGAGAAGUUGAAGCUGAGGGGCGACGCGCUGGGGUCGAUGUAUAAUGUCAAUGGGGAAGCCAUUGAAGAUAGUGUUGCCAUUGUGGCAUCUGAUCAGAAGGCAUCAGGAUCUGCGUCUGUAGCAGAGGGCAAGCCAGAGGGUGAAAGAGGUGCCGUAGAAUGAAUGACACUAUUGUUUUGUUAACUUUUGUCAUGUUUUGCUGUGAAUUAAUUUCUGUAUAUACAUUCUUUGGGCUCAUUAGGCCACUAGUAUGUAGUUGAUUGUAAUAGAGCAAAUUAUCAAUACAAAUAGAACUUCGUUUCC